AUGAGGGAGCUCCGGAGGCUGAAGAUAUUCAGGCACUAUUACCCACUUAGCCAUGAGGUGGAAGCCAGGGCAGGCGGCAAAAAAAGACUCAGCCAGUAUGGAAUCUUCAUCUGUCAAGAUUCUUUCAAGGAUCUUAAGUUUCCUCAUCGGUGUCUUAAUGUUCAUUGCGUUCACAAUAUUCCACCUGGGGCCCUCACAAAAGAUAUUCAGGAUUAUGAUCUGGCGGCAAAAAAAGACUCAGCCAGUAUGGCAUCUUCAUCUGUCAAGAUUCUUUCAAGGAUCUUAAGUUUCCUCAUCGGUGUCUUAAUGUUCAUUGCGUUCACAAUAUUCCACCUGGGGCCCUCACAAAAGAUAUUCAGGAUUAUGAUCUGGUUCAAACAUCAAAAAAGGGCUGUGAAGGUGAAAUAUGUUGAGUGUAAUGACUACAGAUUCUGUUACUUCUCUCGUGGACAGCCUGGACUCCAGCCAUCCCUGUUGAUGCUUCAUGGAUUUUUAUUCAGUAAAGACAUGUGGCUAAAUGCAAUCAAACUGUUUCCUAAGGACCUCCACUUGGUUUGUGUCGACAUGCCUGGUCAUGGUGAAACUACUUGCUUGGAAGAAGAAAAUUACGCAGCAGCUGCACAGGCUGAAAAGAUACACCAGUUUGUUGAGUGUAUUGGUCUGAACAGACAGCCUUUCCAUCUGGUUGGCAUCUCCAUGGGCGGAAUGGUUGCUGGCCUUUAUGCUGCCCUUUAUCCAUCUGAUGUCUGCUGUUUGUCCCUCCUUUGCCCAGCCGGCCUGAGGUUUCCAGCAGGGAAUGGUCCAAUGAAGCAGUUGAAGAAGCGGGCACACUCUACUAAGCCACAUUCAUUUCUGAAGCUUGGCUUCUACAAUCCUAGCCUAACAAAUGUCCAGCUCUUAAAAGGAUACCUUGAAGCUUCAAAGCUCAAUGCGUCUUUUUGUGUAAAAUAUUUUUUAGAUAUCUCUAGUCCUACAUCCAAGCACAGCCUUCAUGACAACCUGAACAAGAUCAAGGCUCCCACCCAGAUCAUUUGGGGAAAGAAUGACCAGGUAAUUGACCCUUCUGGAGCAGAAAUUUUGGGCAACGCUAUUGCUAACUCUCAGGUGCAUAUGGUGGAGAAAUGUGGACACUUCAUAGUGUUAGACAGGCCCAGAAGAUCAGCAAAACUCCUCUUGGAAUUCUACCAGUCAGUCUGUGGCCCACUGGAGAAUAAGCUGUGGGGAUAA